CUCCGGUGGCGCUGCCGCCUCCACCACCGCUGACCACUCUCGCCGCCGCAUCGUCCGUCCGCGCCUUCUGCUCGCCCCCCCGCCGCCGGCCACCGCGCAUCGCCUUCGUCGUCCUCCCCCGCCCCAUUCGGGCAAGAGAGCGGCUCACAGCUCAGCUCGCCGUUCACCAAUGACCAAUCUCCAGUUACGCGAGGCCACCGCGCCCGGGUUGUGGUGGGCCACGGACCGAGCGGAUUCACUGUAGCUCACUGCUCGUGCCCAGUAAAAAGCUGUAAAAGACGGGAGGGCAAAAGGCUCCAAGCCACAAGGGCAGCGAGCGAGCCCGCGACUGUCCACGAGCGACGAGAGGGAAGCACAACACAAGCACGAGCACCAACACCACCCGCCGCUCCGUCCCUCUCGCCGCUGUCCAUUUCCUACUUGCGGCGGACCGAGCAGCGCGCGCGCGCACGAGCCAAGCGCAAGCCCCCAAGAAAACCCCAGGAGAGAAAAAGGAAAAGAAAGAAAAAAGAGCAUGCCUCCCAACGGCGGCGGCACAGCUCUGCCGCUGCCGCUGCCGCUCCUACUCCUCCUGUCGCCGCUGCUGCUGCUGCAUUCCCUCGCCAAUGCCGGCUCGCUGGAGGCCGACGUCGCGGCGCUCGCCGACUUCCGCCUCGCCGCGGACCCGUCGGGCUCCGCGCUCGCGAGCUGGAACCUGUCCGCGAACCCGGCGCCCUGCGGCGGGUCCUGGCGCGGGGUCACCUGCGCCGGCGGCCGCGUCACGCGGCUGGUGCUCGAGGGCCUGGGACUCUCGGGCGCCGCCGCGCUCCCGGCGCUCGCGCGCCUCGACGGCCUCCGCGUGCUCAGCCUUAAGGGCAACGCCCUCUCGGGCGGGAUCCCCGACCUCUCCCCGCUCGCCGGGCUCAAGCUGCUCUUCCUCGCGCGGAACGCGCUGUCCGGCCCCAUCCCGCCCUCGCUCGGCGCGCUCUACCGGCUCUACCGCCUCGACCUGUCGCUCAACAACCUGUCCGGCGCCGUGCCGCCCGAGCUGGGCCGCCUCGACAGGCUGCUCACGCUCAGGCUGGACUCGAACCGGCUCAGCGGCGGGAUCGACGCCGUCGCGCUGCCGAGGCUGCAGGAGUUCAAUGUCUCCAACAAUUUGAUGUCCGGGAGGAUUCCGGCCGCUGUGGCGGCGUUCCCGGCCGCGGCGUUCGGCGGGAACGCCGGUCUCUGCGGGGCGCCGCUCCCGCCGUGCAAGGACGAGGCGCAGCAGCCGAACGCGUCGGGGGCGGUGAACGCGUCCGCGGCACGGGACUGCCCUCCGGCUGCCGCCAUGGUGGCGUCCUCGCCCUCGGGGAGGCCAGCUGGCGCUGAGGCGCCAGGCAGCGGCAAGGGCAAGAUGAGCCGCGCCGCCGUGGUGGCAAUUGUGGCUGGGGAUUUCGCCGUGGUGGGGCUCGUGGCCGGGCUGCUCUUCUGCUACUUCUGGCCGCGCCUCUCCGGCCGGCGAAGCGGCAGGCGGCUCCAGCAGGGGGAGAAGAUAGUGUACUCCUCGAGCCCUUACGGCGCCGCCGGGGUGGUCGCGGCGGCUGGCGCCGGUGGCGCGACGUUCGAGCGUGGCAAAAUGGUGUUUUUGGAGGACCUGAGCUGCAGUAACGGCGGCACGAGGCGGUUCGAGCUGGACGAGCUGCUGCGCGCGUCCGCGGAGAUGCUGGGCAAGGGCGGGUGCGGCACGGCGUACAAGGCCGUGCUCGACGACGGCACCGUCGUGGCCGUGAAGCGGCUGCGCGACGCUACGGCGGCGGCGGGCGCGUCUAAGAAGGAGUUCGAGCACCACAUGGCCGUGCUGGGCCGUCUCCGCCACCCCAACAUCGUGCCGCUCACCGCCUACUACUACGCCCGCGACGAGAAGCUGCUGGUGUACGAGUACAUGCCCAACGGCAGCCUCUUCUCGCUCCUCCACGGUAACCGGGGUCCCGGGCGCACGCCGCUGGAGUGGGCGGCGCGCCUGCGCAUCGCGUCCGGCGCGGCGCGCGGGCUGGCCUACAUCCACCAGUCCGGCCGCCGGGGCAGCGGGACGCCCAAGCUGGCGCACGGCAACAUCAAGAGCACCAACAUCCUGAUCGACAAGUUCGGCGUGGCGCGGCUCGCGGACUGCGGCCUGGCGCAGCUGGGCUCGUCGCCCGCCGCCGCCGCGGCGCGCUCCGCGGGGUACCGCGCGCCCGAGGCGCCCCCUCCGCCGCGCCCCUGGGCGUCCCACAAGGGCGACGUGUACGCGUUCGGCGUGGUGCUCCUGGAGCUCCUGACGGGUCGGUGCCCCGGGAGCGAGCUCCCCAACGGCGGCGUGGUGGUGGAGCUGCCCCGGUGGGUGCAGUCCGUGGUGCGGGAGGAGUGGACCUCGGAGGUAUUCGACCUGGAGCUGAUGAAGGACAAGGGCAUCGAGGAGGAGAUGGUGGCGAUGCUGCAGCUGGCGCUGAGCUGCGCUGCGGCGGCGCCCGAGCAGCGGCCCAAGAUCGGGUACGUGGUGAAGAUGAUCGACGAGGUGCGCGCGUGCGGGGAGGCGUCGCCGUCGCACGACGAGUCCGUGGACGAGUCCUCGGGCGUCUCCGACUCGCCCGCCGUGUCGGAGGGCGGCGCGCUCAGCCAGUGAGGGCGCGGGCGGGUGCUCCUCCUCGGCUUGGGAUGUGCCUUGUGAUUCGUGACCUUGGUUUACUAGUACUACCUGCAUUUGUUUUCUUUUGUUGGUUUUGGGGGUGAGGUGGAUUAGCACGGACCGUCGGAUCCGGUGAUGGGCUUAUAUAUGGUGUGGAUGGCUCUGAUUCUGAUCGUCUUGCUCGUGUUUUUAACUGGCAGUAGAUCCCUAGGUAGUAGUAAGCUGCCGCAGCGCCGGUUUGUGUUGGGGAAAACAAAAGGUUGUGCUUGUGUGAGUGGAUCAUGACAGUGUCUUUUGCUGCAUCUUUUGCUGCUGCUGUGUGUGACUUUUGGCACUAGUUACCACGCCCUUGAAAUGGCAACUGAUUGAUUCAUGGGCCA